CACAAUUCAUUUUCAUGUUUCCAAGAUUGUAGAAUAAUGAUAAUAUAUAUUCAGCAUUGGAUGCAUAUAUAGCGGAAAUACGGUGAAUGGGCUACAUGGUUUCGGGUCGGGUUCUAAGUGCUUUUGUCUUUGGAGUCGGGUUUUUGUGUGGAUAUUAUUUUCACAUUUUUCAUCUAAAGUAUCUUCGUAAAAAGCAAAACUUCCUCCAGAAACGUCUCAAAGACGUUGAAGACAAACUGAGUAGUUAUUGAACCUCUAACGUGUCGGUUAGCUGUUAUUUCGUCUCUCUAUGUCCUCCCAAGUUAAGGAGGAUUUAUAUGGUGUAUCAUGGUCAAAUCCAGCGUGGAGUCACUUUCUCUGUUCAGCAAACGUUUUAGACUAUUUCUGUGACCUUUCCAAUCCCUUCUACGAUAGGCAGUGCAAUAACGAGGUUAUUCGGAUGCAAAGGCUCCAUCCUGAGCAGUUGUUAUGCAUGACAGGUGUUGAGUUUUAUCUACAUCAUGCCCAAGAACCCAUACUGUUCAUAAUACGAAAGCAGCAACGUUUAUCUCCGACUCAAGUUACCCCUUUGGCUUAUUAUUAUGUGAUUAAUGGGACAGUACUUCAAGCACCAGAUCUUUCUACCCUUCUAAACUCUCGUUUAUUGACAACGAUUGUAGGGUUGAAGAAAGUGAUCCAGACAUUGGGUCCUUGUGCUCGAUAUCAUCCUUCAGAUGGUUCCUACUCGUGGGACGAUCCUAAUGUUUUACUCGGAUAUAGUAAAGAACCAGACCAAAAUUACACAAAAUCCCCAUCUAGCUCAAAUACUGAAAAAGAGCUAUAUAAAAAUGCGAAUUUCUUUCAAGUCCAAAGAACAGAUACCUUACUCGCUGAUUGGAUUAAUCGUUUUCCUGUCCCGUCUACAAGUUUUGUUCAAAAUCUAGCUAAUUCAGGACAGAUAUCAUCCGUACCGACAGUUACUUCUGCAACUAAUGCAAGUGGAGUUGUUUCUCUUACACCAUCUCAAAGCGCAUCUACUGGAAAAGAAGAGAAUGUUCAGACGAAUUGUAAUUCUCCAGCUAAAUUGCCCACAAAGUUGCCUACACUACCCGGUGUUUCUGUAGUCCCUGGACCAUCACCAAGUACUUCGACCCAACCAUCACUGCUUGUAGAUAGAAAACCUCGUGUUUAGCUAUAAUUUGUUUCAAUGUUACUAUCAAAACUUUCACAAAUAUGUAUGCUUUGGUUUAGCGUUAUUUGAACUCCCAUCAAAUUAUUCAGCUAUCCGAAGUUUGUGUACACUGAAUUCAUUUUUACUUACUAAUACUAUGAUAACAUUAUUAACUCUGCUCGUUUAUAUGAAUAUGAAUCUUUUUCUACUGAAGUCUUUUUUUAUACACUUUUUUGGAUAUUCGGAUUUUAUCACUAACUACUUUUGAACAACUAACACUAUGAUUCUUUUACGCUACUGCAAUUGUUGUCUCUACUAACUUCUUGAAGUCCGGUAACAAUAAAAUUGUAAAUCUGUAAUCGUUUGAAAAUAUAUUUGUUCAUAAGU